AGACUCCGUUUGUAUAAUAUCAAAGUUAUAUUUUUCAGUUAGUUUUUUGUAGUUAAAUAUUUCUAAUUUUAGUGGUUAAAUAAAGGCGUUUGUCAUCCCAGCGCUUCAAGUUGAAGUCUUAGGACUCCGAAAUCACGUCGAGAAAAGUGUCUUUUAAGGCUAAAACGUUGUUCGAGAAUGGAAUCACAUGAGAAGAACGCACGCGCAGUAGGGGCGACCCUGGACCCUACCAGAACUGACCAUGUGGAAAUGAACGUUGGAGCAAACGGCCUCGAAGCUCAACAGCCAAAACCCAAACUCAAAGAUCUAGACGAUCUUCUCCCCUACCUCGGCGACUUCGGCUGGUACCAGCGCAUCCUCUUCCUCCUCAUGAUACCCUACUCCUUCUUCUUCGCGUUCGUCUACUUCGGGCAGAUCUUCAUGACUGUGGUGCCGGAGGAGCAUUGGUGUUAUGUGCCUGAGUUGCAGGGCUUGGGUGUUGAGGAAAGGCGUCAUCUCUCAAUCCCUCUAAUAGACAACAAAUACGACAAAUGCUCCGUCUACGACGUGAACUGGACAGAGGUUCUGCAAAAUGGAACGUUACAACCCAACCCGGAGUGGGGAGUGAGGAAGUGUGAGAAUAGAUGGGAGUUCAACUAUACUGAUGUGCCGUAUGAGAGUAUUGCUUCACAGCAAGGCUGGGUGUGCGAGAGAGACAACUAUCCGGCGACAGCUCAGGCUAUAUUCUUCUGUGGUGGAAUCGCUGGAGGAUUCAUCUUUGGCUGGAUAGCUGAUAAAUAUGGGAGGAUUCCUGCUUUGAUUGGAGCGAAUCUAUCAGGCUUCGUAGGCGGCGUAGGAUCAGUGUUCACAAACGACUUCUGGUCAUUCUGUCUAUGCAGGUUCAUAGUCGGGUUGGCGUAUGACAACUGUUUUAUUAUUAUGUAUAUUGUUGUGCUCGAAUACGUGGGUCUAAAAUGGCGUACCUUCGUAGCGAACAUGUCGAUAGCUGUCUACUUCACCUUCGCAGCCUGUCUGCUACCCUGGAUAGCUUUGGCAGUCAACGAUUGGAAGAUAUAUACACUAAUAAUAAGCGUGCCCUUAGCUCUGGCAGUUUUAACUCCCUGUGUGGUGCCUGAAAGCGCAAGAUGGUUAAUAGCACAAGGACGUAUAGAUGAAGCGAUCAAGAUCAUGCAGAAAUGUGAGAGAAUCAACAAGAAGAAGAUACCUGAUGAAGUUAUUGAAGAAUUUAGGGUAACAGCCACAGAAAUAGCGAAAGCCGAACAGGAAUGCAAGAACUACAGUGUCCUGGACCUCGUGAAGACUCCUCGUCUCCGUCGCCACAGCAUUCUCCUGGUCCUCAUAUGGAUGUCCAUCGCCAUGGUGUUCGAUGGCCACGUUAGGAAUGUCGGGUCUUUAGGCCUGGACAUGUUUAAGACCUUCACUGUGGCGACCUUUACGGAGUUCCCUGCUGAUAUACUGCUGAUUUUGACCUUGGAUGUUAUCGGUCGCCGUUGGCUUGCUUUUGGAACUAUGGUGAUUAGUGGCAUCUUCAGUCUUCUGGCCACCACCGCACCUAUUGGCAUAGCUUCGGCGUCGCUCGCGAUAGUAGGUCGUUUCGCAGUGAACAUAUCGUACAACAUUGGCAUGCAGUAUGCGGCCGAGCUGUUGCCGACUGUGGUGAGGGCUCAGGGCGUUGCGUUGAUACAUAUCACUGGUUAUGUGGCUACGAUUCUGACGCCUUAUAUUGUUUAUAUGGCAACAAUAGCUAGAGAGAUCCCGCUACUAAUCCUCGGCGCACUCGGUAUAUUCGGCGGCAGUCUCUGUCUAUUCCUGCCCGAGUCUAUGGGCAAGGAGAUGCCACAGACUAUACAAGAUGGCGAAGAGUACGGGCUGGAUCAAAAGUUCUGGGACUUCCCGUGUUGCAAUAGAAAGAAGAACAAGAAGGUGACUGAAGAAGAAUCUCGCUAUUGAAGAAAAUAUUGUUUUCAAUUGUAUUUUUUCAUCAAAUAGAUAUUAUUUCUU